UGGAGGCAGCCUCUUCCUGGUGGAUAAACAGUGACAGCUACAGGGCAGCCACCUAGACCCACCACACAGGCUCUGGCGCUGCCCUGGCAAACAACACCAAAAUGGCUUCAGACAGUACACACAUCGCGCAGUUGACUUCUGAACUGUACUUCCUAAUAGCCCGAUUUCUAGAAGCUGGACCGUGUCAAAAAGCCGCCGAGACCCUGAUAAGGGAGGUGGAGGAGAAGGAGCUGCUGCCCAAAAGGCUGGACUGGACGGGGCAGGAGCACCCCGGGACGUACGAAAAUUUGGUGAAGCUAUACCGACACAUCAGUGCAGACCACCUGCUGCAGGUCUGCUCCAGAGUUUGUCCCCUGCUGGAGAGGGAGGUCCCCGCCAGCGUGCCUGGACUCACCAGCCUGCUGGGGGCCGGCAGGCAGAAUCUCCUCCGCACCAGCAAGAGUUGCAAGCAUGUUGUGUGGAAGGGCUCGGCGCUGGCUGCGCUGCACUGUGGGCGCCCACCGGAGCCGCCUAUUAUCUAUGGGAGCCCACCUAAUAUUGUGGAGACGAGCUUCGGCCGCCGGCUGAACGGCUCCUACCGUCUCCGGCAGCUGGUGCCCACGGCCGUGUACCAGCACAUGAAGAUGCACAAGAGGAUCCUGGGACACCUGUCGUCCGUGUACUGCGUCACCUUCGACAGGACGGGACGACGCAUCUUUACGGGCUCGGACGACUGCCUUGUUAAGAUCUGGGGAACAGACGACGGGCGCCUGCUGGCAACGCUGCGCGGCCAUGCCGCUGAGAUCUCCGACAUGGCCGUCAGCUACGAGAACACCAUGAUUGCCGCCGGGUCCUGUGACAAGACUAUCAGAGUGUGGUGCUUACAGACCUGCGCCCCUUUGGCUGUCCUGGAGGGACAUGCAGCCUCUAUCACCUCACUGCAGUUUUCCCCUCUCUGUAGCGGCUCCAAGCGCUACCUGUCCUCCACCGGGGCCGACGGCACCAUCUGCUUCUGGCAGUGGGACGCACGCACGCUCAAGUUUGGUCAGAGACCCAGUAAAUUCACGGAGCGCUCCAGACCUGGCGUCCAGAUGAUCUGCUCCUCUUUCAGCGCAGGUGGUAUGUUCCUGGCCACAGGAAGCACCGAUCACAUCAUCAGGGUGUACUACUUUGGGUCAGGUCAACCAGAGAAGAUCUCCGAACUUGAGUCCCACACAGACAAAGUUGACAGCAUCCAAUUUUCACAUGGCAGUGACAGGUUUGUAAGCGGCAGCAGGGAUGGUACAGCACGAAUCUGGCAGCUGCAGCCUCAGGGCUGGAGGAGCAUUCUGCUGGACAUGCAGACCAAAUUACCCGGGAAGUACAACCCUCCUCCGCUGGAAGACAAGGUGACCAAGCUGAAGGUGACCAUGGUAGCGUGGGAUCGCCAUGACAGCACAGUGAUCACAGCGGCCAACAACCUGACGCUGAAGGUGUGGAACUCCACCACCGGCAACCUCGUCCACGUCCUCAUGGGCCAUGAGGACGAGGUGUUUGUUCUGGAGCCACACCCCUUUGAUCCAAGAAUCCUUUUCUCAGCGGGGCAUGAUGGGAAUUGCAUUGUGUGGGACCUGGCCAGAGGAGUCAAGAUCCGCUCCUAUUUCAACAUGAUUGAGGGCCAAGGGCACGGAGCGUUGUUUGACUGCAAAUGUAGUCCAGAUGGGCAGCAUUUUGCAGCCACCGACUCCCAUGGACACCUGCUCAUCUUUGGCUUUGGCUCCAGCAGCAAGUACGACAAGAUAGCAGACCAGAUGUUCUUCCAUACCGACUACCGGCCACUGAUCCGGGAUGCCAACAAUUACGUGCUGGACGAGCAGACUCAGCAGGCGCCGCACCUAAUGCCCCCUCCCUUCCUGGUGGAUGUGGACGGAAACCCCCACCCUCCUCGAUACCAGCGGCUGGUGCCUGGCAGGGAGGGCUGCAGGGAUGAGCAGCUGAUCCCUCAAAUGGGGGUCACUUCCUCAGGCCUGAACCAGGUGGUGAGUGAGCAGGCGGUGGACGGCCCCAGUCCGCUGGACACUAUGAUUCAGAGGCUGCAGCAGGAACAGGACCAAAGACUGGGAGCAAAUGACGUCUCUGCUGCUGCAAACAGCAGGGCCAGCAGAGGAUCGGUGGGCUCGCCCACAGAGGUGCACUCCCCGCCCAACGUGGGUCUGCGUCGCAGCGGGCAGAUCGAGGGUGUCCGCCAGAUGCACAGCAACGCCCCACGCAGCCAGAUGGCCACGGAGGGAGACCUGGUGGCCUGGAGCCGCAGGGUGCUGGUCCCUGAGCUGGAGGACGCCUCUGUCGGGAGACAGGUGAACUGGCGUGAGGCUAAAGGGGAGGAGGAGAUCAAUAUUUAUCAGUCAGAAAGGAGGAGGCGCACCAUCCACUCUCUCCCCAAAGAGAGCAGGGUACACCUGACAUCCGAGUGUGUGGUUGACGAGGGGAGGAGGAGCCAGGGUAACCACGGCUAUCACACGCGAGCCGCCAUGGAGGAGACGAGCCGCCAGAGCGCCGAGGCCGCCGAUGACGACGAAAGCACCUCAGAGGGAGAGGUGGAGGUACGGCAAAUCAACGGACAUUCCUCUGAGGAGGAGAAGGAGGAGGAGGGAAAGGAGCCCUGGCCGGAUGACCACAGUAGUUCAAGCGACUACUCCAGCGAUUACUCGGACUGGACGGCGGACGCGGGGAUCAACCUCGAACCGCCCAAGAAGAGCGUGAAAGUGAAAAAGAAAAGCAGCGGCUCAGAGGAGGACGGGGAGAAGAAGAGGGACGGGAAGAAAGAAAGAAAGAAAGAGAAAGCCGACAAAGACGGCGCAUUACCAAAGAAGAAGAAGCCAAAGGAGAAGAGGAAGAGGACAGAGCUUCAGGAGCAAGGGCUAACUCUUGAGGAGUGGCUUCCCUCUGCCUGGAUCACGGACACAGUCCCCCGCAGAUGUCCUUACAUACCCCAGAUGGGAGACGAGGUGUACUACUUCAGACAGGGCCAUGAAGCAUAUGUGGAGAUGGCUAAACAAAAAAAGAUUUACAGCAUCAAUCCUAAGAAGCAGCCCUGGCACAAGAUGGAGCUACGGGAGCAGGAAUUGAUGAAGAUAGUUGGCAUCAAGUAUGAGGUCGGCCUGCCCACACUGUGCUGCCUGAAGCUUUCCUUCCUGGACCCUGACACCGGCAAGCUGACCGGAGGAUCCUUCUCUAUGAAAUACCACGACAUGCCUGAUGUUAUCGACUUCCUGAUACUGCGGCAGCAGUUUGACAAUGCCAGAAGGAGGCAGUGGAGUAUAGGUGACAGGUUUCGGUCGGUGAUUGACGAUGCCUGGUGGUUUGGGACCAUUGAGAGCCAGGAGCCCUACCAGCCUCAGUAUCAGGACAGCCUGUUUCAGUGCUACAAUGUCUGCUGGGAUAACGGAGACACAGAGAAGAUGAGUCCUUGGGAUAUGGAGCCCAUUCCUGAUGAUGCCACGUUCCCUGAGGAGUUGGGCAUGAGCGUGCCACUGAUAGAAGAGGAGCAGAAGGAGCUGCUGUACGUCCCGCUGGACGGGGAAUGGGGCUGCCGCACGCGCGCAGAGGAGUGCGAACGCAUCAUCAAAGCCAUCGACCAGCUCUGCACGCUCGACGUGGCGGCACCAUUUGCCUUUCCAGUGGACCUACAAGCUUACCCCACGUACUGCACAGCAGUGGCCUACGUCACCGACCUCAGCACCAUACGCCAAAGGCUGGUGAACCGCUUCUACAGACGACUGUCCUCUCUGAUGUGGGAGGUUCGUUACAUUGAACACAACGCCCAAACGUUCAACGAGCCCGGAUCAUUCAUUGUGACCACCGCCAAGUUUGUCUCUGACCUCAUGCUGCAGUUCAUUAAGGACCAAAGUCUGACAGAUCUCAUGCCCCUCUACAAAACUAUGAAGAAAGCCACCUUCUCUGACUCUGAAGAUGAGGAUGAUGAGGAGGAGGAUGAAGAUACUAACACUCCUGGAACAUCCACACGAAACCAUAAGGGUCGUAGACCCAUGCGGCGCCAACUGCGAACCCGACCCCCUUCGUACGACCCUCAUGCAUGGAGGGGACGCUGCAAGGAGCUGCUGGAUCUCAUCUUUCAGUGUGAGGACUCGGAGCCCUUCAGAGAACCUGUGGAUCUGCAGGAAUACCCGGACUACCUGCAAAUAGUCGACUCCCCAAUGGACUUUGGCACCGUUCUCAACACGCUAACAGAAGGAAAGUACCAGUCUCCCAUUGAGCUCUGCAAAGAUGUCCGGCUCAUUUUCAGCAAUUCCAAAGCUUACACGCCCAGUAAGAAGUCUCGGAUCUACAGUAUGAGUCUGAGGCUCUCUGCGCUGUUUGAGGAGCACGUCAGCUCCAUCCUGGCCGACUACAAGGCCAUCCACGGCCUGACUGAAAAACUGACCAGACAGGGCACCGACAGACAGACGCGACACACUACGGACAGACAGACGCGGCACGCCAUGAAGAGGCGGAGGAGGAGGAGCGAAUCUCCAACCAGCAGCACUGCGUCCAGCCCAGAGAGGAAGAGGCGCGUAUCAUCCAGGGUGACCGGAAAAAAGGAGCCAUCACCGGCUCCUUCGCGACCCUCCUCCCUGAGGCAGAGCGUCCCCCUCAAACAAGCCCCUCAGCUGGUAAACGGGAAGGCAGAGACGCCGGCCGCGGGGCGCACGCGGAGUGCAGCACGCCAUUCUACACACACUCCGCCCUCCUCAUCCUCCUUACACAACUCCACAAGCAACACACAGAGCGCAGCAGAGUCUACUCGCUCACUGAGGGCUCAUAACUCUGUGUCAGCUUCAACGCCACCAGCUCCCGAAAAGGUGACACCCCCUCCGGCCGCGGAAAGUAGCAGUGGAGGAAGCACCCGGAGGAAACUCAGGACUCCUGUACGGCACACACCUGGCUCUCCCGCCAGCCCUUCGUCUCAGAGCACAGUCCACCUGAAUGGCCACAGUAGUCAUGUGACCUUGGGCGUGGGCAGGAGGGGGCGGAAAUCCAGAGCAGACCCGCCUGUGAGUCCCCCAGAAGCCACGACUCCGGGGAGCCCUUCCAGACCCCGGGGCCGCCCUCCUGGCAAAAAGAGAGGCAGGAAGAGCAAGCAGGAGCUGGAGGAGAUGAGAAAUAGUGGCAACCGUAGGAGCUCCACCCCCGACGAUGAGCUCAAUCAGUCGACGGAGGACGAAGGCGGGACGUCUUCCGCGCAGGAAACAUCCGUGCUGUCGGACUCUGGCGUGGUGGCGACGCCCAGACGGCGCGGCCGCCCUCGACUGGUAAGAACUGAUGAAGCCACUCCUCCUGCCGAGUCGCCUGAGCCCUCGCCACUGAGGAGGAGCAGCAGGCGAGCCAACGAGGAGGUCACGCCUCCUCCUCUACCCGCUCCUCAACGAUCCAAUCGCAAGGAGUCUCCAAAGGAGGAGGCAGGGGACGGGGCGGGAGGGUCGAUGCGCACACGCAACCAGGGGCGACGGUCCGCCUGGUACAUGGAGGAGGACUCUGAGGAGGAGCAGAGGCAGCUGCUGUUUGAGGACUCAUCAAUCACCUUUGGCACCUCCUCAAAGGGACGCGUCCGCAAGCUUACAGAAAAGGCCAAAGCCAACCUGAUAGGCUGGUGAUGGAGACAGCAGAACAGACACGCGGGACGUGAGGAGCAGGCCGGCUGCUCUGACAGAGGAGAAAUCUGGCUGAGGUUUCUUCGCUCAUGCAUUGGAGGAGCCGGAGGGGGGGCUGAGUUGAGGAGGUUGUGCUCGGUGUUGUAUGCAUUUAUUGUGCGCGUAUGUGUGUGUACGUCCGGGGAGCCGCUAACGCAGCCGCCGCUGUCCGAAGCUGCGGCUGUGGAGAGACACACAGCGCAGUUAUCUGUCCGCUCUUCGUUCCUCUCGGCCCAGCGAGCGCAUCGCUACGCCAGCCGGCGGCUUUCCGACGACGCAUGUUCAUUUGUUCCAAGUCCUCCGACGUUAUUGGUCCAUGUUGGAUCCCACAGGAGCCCGCCGACUCCUAUGCUGGUGGUCUCGUGACUGUCCCCCUGCCCACUGAACCACUCUGCACCGCCGUCUGACCUUAAACACUGUUGGCGUCGGACUGGGCGAAACAGAAGUCGGACAGAGUUUUAGUACUUGAAAAAUUCACGAGGAGAGCUGGAUGUAUCUUGUCUCACUCUUGCUAUUUUUGAGGACUUUUCAAGAGUCUCCGCUGGGUAAGUCAAAGACGCCCACUGAGCUGAAAAUGUUAGGCCUGUGACGGAUUACAGGCCGCCGGCCUGACAACGUCUUUCACCCCCCUUCUUCAUUGUUCCCGCUCUUUUUUUAUACAACCCCCUCUCUGCUUUUUCUAAGAUUUGUACGUGAUGAUCAGCUCUCUGUUUUCGGAAGUCUUACACAACCUGAGCGUGUCCGUCUGCGCUAAAAUACCAAAUGGUGUACCUUCGUUGGUACUGUAGAUCUGUAGGUUCUGUUUACCGUUGAUGUGUGUGGGUCUGUGUGGGUGUUUUUUUUUUGUUUGUUUGUUUUGUUGUUCGUUUUUUUUGCAUGUUAAUUAGAAAGAAAAAGCAUCUCUUUCUUUUCUAGAAGCUGUUUUUCCUGUGAGGAGGACAAAAAGGAUGCAUGGGUGAAAGGGGUCAUUUAUAUGUCUAUAGACCAUGUUUCAACACGUCCUCAACAUUAGCAAUACCUUGUGCCUUUAUGUCUUUGGUGUGUGUGUGUGCGUGUGCGUGCGUGCGUGCGUGCGUGCGUGCAUGUGUCUGUAAGUGUGCUUGGCCUCUGCCCUGCAAAGUACAUGUGCCUGUAUGUGUUCGAACUAAGUUGUGACUAUGCGAGUGUGUGUAAUUGAAGGAGCGUGUGUGUUUUUAUAACACAGCUGAGUGUGUCAUUCUCUUUCAGCGUACAAACAGUGGCAUACAGUUUGAUCGUUGUGAAACCUCUCAAAGAAAUGUAUUUAUAGCAGUUGAAAAAAGACUUUACUGUUGUUGUAAAACCAUUAUUCAUGUCAAUAUAUUAUCCUAUAACCAACCUAUUGUCAGUUUAUACCGAAGGUACAGCCAGUGGAGCUUUGGGUGACUAGCUUUGAGAUGCACUUACCACAGACCGGUUAUCAAUGCAGUCGUAAGGAGUAACCCUGUGUAUUUUAAAAUUGUUACCAUAUAAAAAUUGACUUUUUAAAUGUUGAUAUGUUUCUAUGGUGACCACACACACGCACACACAUGCACACACUUUGUCUCGCAUGUUCUAGCACCUUCUCACACCUGGAGCGAACGGGAUCAAGCCAGACCAAACUGGAUCGGAUUGAAUUCGGACGAGAGAGCGACAAGUCUUGCAUUCAUCUUUCUGAUUGUGUGCCUUCGCUAUUCUGGCAUGUUGAAUCCUCGGUUUCUGCUUUUGGGGCCUUUUUCGCGCUUCUUUUCAUUUCAUGUCCUGUCGCUGGGUUCAGAGAACUGGACUUCGGGGACGGGUUUGGACCUGACGGGCUUGUACGGAGGGCUUAUGGACGAGGGAACAGACUGAAACAAACAUACUGUGUCACUCUCUGUCUGUACACACAACUAAUGGACCGGGUCUACAACGACUUCUCCCACGUUUCUGUUUUCACCCCAGCACAGAGCAACUGGAUGCCAAAAUCAGCCACUUGAGUUGUAGGUUUGAGCUGGACGGUAGCAUCUGUAUCCACCUGGCUCAUUUCAUAGGUCUUUCUUCUCACAUAUUAUUGAACAUGUAUCUCAAUCGUUUAUCAUUGUUUUGUUUUUUUUGUUGUGGGUCUGUCAAUGCCAAAUUCUGUCUUUGGGCACUGAAGUUUUAGAACAUGGCUUUUGAAUGUGUUUAUUUCCUGUCUCUGGGCGUGUCGAGCUCGUGUGUCACAUGACGUCUGCGUGUCCCUGCCAGCAUUUCAUUGGUUAGAUCUGUGGAGUUAGAAAGGUGUUUUAUACUCCUCACACUUACUUCAGGAUACAGUUAAUAUCUUUAGUUUUUUUUUUCAGUCAGUCUGGCUUAUAUUUACGUCACAAAAGAUUUGUUUAUAUUGUGUAUAUGAAGAGUUUUAUUCCAGAUUGAGACAGCCUAAAACACGGACACCUUCCUCCACGACUGACUGUUGGCCUGAAAAUCAUUAAUAUUGCUGGGUUUCCAUAGGAAGCUGAUGAUCUUUGCCCACAAAACUAUGCACUUUGUGUGCAAAGAAACUCUUCAUAGGCACAUAACGGUUUUGGAUUUUUUUUUUCAAUCACAAAUAAUCAUAUUUACAUAUAUGCACAGAUUAUCAUGCGUAGAGUGUGGAAACAACAUUUUAGGGCCAGGCUUCUCAAACCGUAGGGUAUGAGCUCACGGCUUUAAAAAAAAUUGCUGGAUUUUGGUGUGGACGUAUCAAUCAGGAACGGCUGGUGGCUAACCUUGCCUUUGGCGUACUACACAGCAGCCAUUAUAUCCCCAAUAAUAAAGGGAUGGGCUGGGAUGUGCAUUAUACCCCCUCUGAUUUCCCAUUGAAAAGUGGAAAUGCAGAAGUCAUAUCAAAGCAGACAUCAAACUUCUUUGUUCUGCUGUUUCCACCUCCUCAUCAGAUCACCCAUGCUACCUGUAUUUAUCAAACCGGUCAAAUAAAAGAGCUGAUUCAGUGUUGCUGGUCAGGUUACCUGAACCGUGUCAGUAAUAACGUACAACUAAUCACUUCAAAGGGGCCUUAAAAGCAAGUCACUGGUGGUUUAUAAGCAAGGACUGAUUUUAUUCAUUCAUUCCCUCUUAUUUCACAUCGGCCACAGCGCCCCCAGUGCUUCAGAGCACGGACCUCAUUAGGUUUUCAGAUUUAAGUUGAUUGACAUUGACAUAUUCUGAAUCACUGUCUGAGCAGUUCAGAUCAGCCCUCUCACCUUACGGGAACCUGCACUGCAUUACGGAGCUCAUGUACACAUACAUUUACCACGGGCCUGUGCUAAAGUGUGGCAGAGUUGUGCCGGUCGUGGCCUCUGACUGGGCAUCACAGCGUUUGGUCAGAGGUUAAAGGUCACAGUGUGUGUGUGUGUGUCUGUGAGAGUGUGUGAGAGUAUGAGAGAGAGAGAGCGAGAACUGGAGAGGUGGCUGCAUGUGAGCCACUAGGAAGCAUUUUGGGAUGUUUUAAGUGGUCGCGGGAUGGGAAAGAACAGAACGGGAAGGGGGUCUGUUUAACGUGAACUGAUCGAUGAGGAUGUCUUUGUUAGUUUGGAUACUUUUUAUAUAUAAAGGAAUUAAUGCAAAAAAGAAGCAUAAGGCUAGAAUGUAUGUGUAGGGGAGUACUGCUGUCCUGUUAGUUCAUACCAAUAUUUUAAGUAAAUAAACAGUUGUGUUUCCA